CGGUUUUUCUCAAAGAUUGUCAAAAAGCAUGGAAUCAGACGUUGGUAGGCUGGGCUGCUGGUGCUGACUGCAGCACUGCUAAAGGGCUCACCUGUGAACAUACAGGCAUAAUUACCGACAUAGAAUUGAACGAAGUGGUUCUUGGAGGGUCUAUACCUGAUAGCAUCUCCUUACUCACUUCUCUUAGAAAGCUAGCUUUGUCGGGUUGUGAGCUCACUGGGCCUAUUCCAGCCGGGAUUGGAAACCUCGUUUCAUUGCUGUACCUAAACGUGUGGAAGAACCAGCUUUCUGGGACUAUUCCAGCUGGAAUUAGAAACCUCAAAAGGCUGUCCUUGCUUUAUCUUCAAGACAAUGUUUUGAGCGGCUCCAUUCCAGACACCAUCACUCUGCUUACUGAGCUAGACUCUUUGGAUCUGUAUGGUAACAAACUUACCGGACCUAUUCCAGCUGAACUUGGAAACCUCGAUUUAUUAACACACUUGUAUCUUUCGGACAACGCUUUGACGGGCUCCAUUCCCAACAGCAUCUCCUCGCUUAUUAAUCUCCAAUAUCUGCAUGUAGAUGGGAAUCACCUAAAUGGAACCAUUUUGCCUUCUCUAGGGGCUUUAACGAACCUGCAGGACCUAGAUGUCACGGGCACAAAUCUCACGUGCCCACUUGACAGCACCGACUGUGGUACACCACAGAAUCCGACCACAGCCUUUUGCCACACGUGUAAAUCCUUUUGCAAGAUGUGCGGCAAACCUGCAG